UUAUAAUUGAACGGCCCUGUUUGUCAGUCAUCCUGCUAAAGCAUUACGAGUUUUAGGUUGUAUAGUAUGUGUAUGUCCUGAAGGUACUAAGAAAGUUUUGAUUUCUUCACUACUCAACCCGUUUUAGAACCUGCAGAUAAAAAUGCCUGUUGAAGCUAUGCAAACUGAUGUGGAGAUGAAGGUAGUAGAUUCUCCUUCCACAGAAGAUCCAGUGGCUACGGCAGUUCAAGAAAUAAGGGAGCACAUACGUCAAUUGGAAAAGGCAGUUGCUAAUAAAGAACCUCGUUUCAUAUUAAGAGUUUUACGUCUUCUUCCUUCUACACGUCAUAAACUUUCUGUAUCAGUCCUCCGCAAUAUAAUAUCUUCAUUUUAUUUAAGUAGUCCUGAAAAAGAUGCUUUAUUUCUAUAUAUUGAAGAUGCUGUAGAUUCAGAUACCAUCCAAAAAACAAAACUGAUCAAAAAUUCUAAUGUUCCUCUCUUGCCAGAAAUUGAUGCUUACAUUCAUUUGUUGGUACUUGUGAGACUAAUAGAUGCUGGAAAGGAAUCAGACGCUGUGAAGUGUUCUGAUGCUCUUAUGGCCAAGAUAACUGCUCAAAAUCGCAGGAGUUUAGAUUUAGUGGCUGCUAAAUGUUACUUUUACCAUUCUCGAGUUUAUGAACUUACUAACCAAUUGGAAAAAAUCAGAGGAUUCCUGCAUGCUAGACUCAGAACUGCCACUCUUAGAAAUGAUUUUGAAGGUCAAGCAGUUUUAAUAAAUUGCCUUUUGAGAAAUUACUUACAUUAUAAGUUGUAUGAUCAAGCUGACAAAUUAGUAUCCAAAUCAGUAUACCCAGAAUCAGCAAGUAACAAUGAGUGGGCUAGAUUUCUUUAUUAUUUAGGAAGAAUUAAAGCAGCUCGUUUAGAAUAUUCAGAAUCACACAAGCACCUAGUUCAAGCUCUGAGAAAAGCUCCUCAACAUGCUGCUGUCGGGUUUAGGCAGACUGUUCAAAAGCUUGCUGUCACUGUUGACUUACUUCUUGGUGAUAUUCCAGACCGACAGAUAUUUCGUCAGGCACCACUUCGUCGUUCUCUUGCACCUUAUCUUCAAUUAACACAAGCUGUCAGAACUGGUGAUUUGCAAAGAUUCGGUGAAGUAUUGGAGAUGUUCGGACCCCAGUUUCGUUCUGAUCAUACAUUUACCUUAAUUCUUCGUUUAAGACAUAAUGUUAUAAAAACUGCUAUCAGGUGCAUUGGUUUGUCUUAUUCACGUAUUACUCCAACCAGUAUAGCUUCAAAGCUUGGACUAGAUUCACCAGAGGAUGCAGAAUUCAUUGUUGCUAAAGCAAUAAGAGAUGGUGUUAUUGAAGCUACCUUAGAUCCUGAGCAUGGUUAUAUGCAAAGCAAUGAAGUAACGGAUAUUUACCGGACUAGAGAACCACAAUUAGCAUAUCACCAACGUAUAUCGUUUUGUCUUGAUCUACAUAACCAGAGUGUAAAAGCUAUGAGAUACCCACCUAAAUCUUAUGGAAAAGAUUUAGAAUCAGCUGAAGAGCGUCGAGAACGAGAACAGCAGGACUUAGAGUUAGCAAAAGAAAUGGCCGAAGAAGAUGAUGACGUUUUUCCCUAAAAUUUAUUAAAUGGAUUUUUUUUUUUCGAAAUUUGAUUUGAUUUUUUAUCACUGUUUACAUCCCUUUUGAUUAUUGUUCUUUUUCAGAAAAAAUUAUAUAUAUUAAAUAGAACUGUUAUUUUUACUGUCAUUAUUUUUUCUCUUAUUAAGUUAUUGUAUUAUUUUAGUAUUU